AGGCAGGGUCUCACUUUGUUGCCCAAGCUUAUCCCCAAUUUCUGGUCUCAAGCAAUCAUCCCGCCUCAGCCUCCCAAAGUGCUGGGAUUAGAGGCAUGAGCCACCAUAUCCAGCCAACAUAACUUUUAUACACAUGGAAAAGUAACAAAUUUGUGUAAUGUGCUUUAUUGUGUUAUUUGCUUUAUUGGAUGGUCUGGAACUGAACUUGCAAUAUCUCCAAGGUAUGCCUGUAAUUGAAUGUUUACACUGGUAAGAAAUGUAUUUGGAUAUAUAAUAACCUGUAAACUAAGAAGCUUGUACUACUGAAUAAUCUCCAACUAUUAAUACCUACCCACUCUGAUCUUAUUUUAUUUCUAAAAGAGACAAAUUACAUUCAAAGCCAUCCAUUGUCCCCAAUGACAUAACGCAGUGGAAAUAGCUAAGUAGAAGACUGCUAAAGCAACUGGUUUCCUGACGACACAGGAGACUGGAAGGUUGAAUUAAAGAAAAUACUUUAUCAGAAGAAGAUGGCCACUGCCCAGUUGCAGAGGACUCCCAUGAGUGCACUGGUAUUUCCCAAUAAGAUAUCAACUGAACACCAGUCUUUGGUGUUAGUGAAGAGGCUCCUAGCAGUUUCAGUAUCCUGUAUCACAUAUUUGAGAGGAAUAUUCCCAGAAUGCGCUUAUGGAACAAGAUAUCUAGAUGAUCUUUGUGUCAAAAUACUGAGAGAAGAUAAAAAUUGCCCAGGAUCUACACAGUUAGUGAAAUGGAUGCUAGGAUGUUAUGAUGCUUUACAGAAAAAAUAUCUAAGGAUGGUUGUUCUAGCUGUAUACACAAACCCAGAAGAUCCUCAGACAAUUUCAGAAUGUUACCAAUUCAAAUUCAAAUAUACCAAUAAUGGACCACUCAUGGACUUCAUAAGUAAAAACCAAAGCAAUGAAUCUAGCAUGUCAUCUACCGACACCAAGAAAGCAAGCAUUCUCCUGAUUCGCAAGAUUUAUAUUCUAAUGCAAAAUCUGGGGCCUUUACCUAAUGAUGUUUGUUUGACCAUGAAACUUUUUUACUACGAUGAAGUUACACCCCCAGAUUACCAGCCUCCUGGUUUUAAGGAUGGUGAUUGUGAAGGAGUUAUAUUUGAAGGGGAGCCUAUGUACUUAAAUGUGGGAGAAGUCUCAACACCUUUUCACAUCUUCAAAGUAAAAGUGACCACUGAGAGAGAACGAAUGGAAAAUAUUGAUUCAACUAUACUAUCACCAAAACAAAUAAAAACACCAUUUCAAAAAAUCCUGAGGGACAAAGACGUAGAAGAUGAACAGGAGCAUUACACAAGUGAUGAUUUGGACAUGGAAACUAAAAUGGAAGAACAGGAAAAAAACCCUGCAUCUUCUGAACUUGGAGAACCAAGUUUAGUUUGUGAGGAAGAUGAAAUUAUGAGGUCUAAAGAAAGUCCAGAUCUUUCCAUUUCUCAUUCUCAGGUUGAACAGUUAGUCAACAAAACAUCUGAACUUGAUAUGUCUGAAAGCAAAACAAGAAGUGGAAAAGUCUUUCAGAAUAAAAUGGCAAAUGGAAAUCAACCAGUGAAAUCUUCCAAAGAAAAUCGGAAGAGAAGUCAACAUGAAUCUGGGAGAACAGUAAGUCUUAUGAUAAUGUAUAGUUUGAAUACAAUGGCAAGUAUCAGAAUAUCAUUACUACAGAUUAAAUUUAAAAUGAUGAAUUUGAUCUCUCUCAAUGUACCUGAGAGCUCUGAUAUUCAAAUUUUGUUUAAAUAUAUUUUGUUGUAAAAAUCGAGGUGAUUUUGAAAUAAGAUGCCCUAUGUUGGUUUAUUAGUUUUUUCCAUGUAAACAUCUCCUGUCUCAUUCUAUGAAUGAUUUAAAGUAAUCGGAGGAAUUUAUAAUAUAAAAUAAAAAUCGCUGGGCGCAGUGGCUCAAGUCUGUAAUCCCAGCACUUUGGGAGGCUGAGGAAGGUGGAUCACGAGGUCAAGAGAUCAAGACCAUCCCGGCCAACAUGGUGAAAUCCCAUGUCUACUAA